GCAGGGCAGGGCCGGGCUGGGCGGGGCGGCGCGCGGCCGGUACCUGAGGGCGCAGAACGCUGCGGCCCUGCCUGAGGAGGCGGCGGUAGUGCCGGCCUGUGCCCGUCCCGGCGAUUCAAGCACCCUGUACGGACCAAUGUACCACAUAGCUCAUGGAAGAAAAAAAUCAAAUCAGGACAUCCUUGGUUUCCAGGCUACCGAAAUAUGGAACGAGAACUUCAGGAAGUGUUUUGCAACCUAUGCCAAAUGGGACAGCUGUUAGUUUAGCAGGGAAUAAUGGUGGCAAAAGUUUCAGCAAGCACAAUGGCACUGUUCACAUGUCUUCGUUUUCUUUCAACUGGAAAAAGUCAAAUAAAUACCAACUUCAUGAUCAUAAUGGGAGAGACACCAACUCUAGAAAUAACUGUAAUGAAAAAUUAAUUGAUUCUCAGAAGUAUUCUCAAUCUCAAGGAGCAUUGUGUAAUGAUGUGCUCAGGGUGGGUUUGAACAGUACUGCUUCAGUUACAUCAAAAGCAGCAAAACAAACCAAUAUGUUUGUAUCUUCUACUGAGGAAUUAAACCCAAAGUCUUUGCCUGGACUCUCUAGUUCAGCAAAAUUUGCCAAAGGUACCCUGUCAGGAAGGACCUCGUAUUCUGGACUCAGUGCUCCAAAAUCACAUUUAAAUGGAUUAUAUGGAAAUAGGACGGUGGUAGGUUUGCAGAGACCUAGAGCUAAUUCCAGUUCCACAAGGACAAGUUCAGGAGAAGGCUUGGCACAAUCUACAGACAACAGCAAGGCUUUUUCCUGUGAAAAAAUGGUAAGAUCACAAAGUUUCUCACAUUCCAUUCAGAAUUCUUUCCUUCCCACUGCAUCUUUAACCAGGUCACAUUCUUUUAAUAAAGCUGUGGAUCUUACAAGGCCUUAUCAUACUCAAAAUCUAGCUGCCAGGACAUCUCAGAGGUCAACUUUGUUGUCAAGAAAUGCAUGUCAGUUGGAUGUACCCAAUGGAAAUGAACCUGUGAAGUACGGAUUUGCCAGACCCUACUCUGGUAUGUCAACUCCUUGUUCAAAGAAGCCCCCACUAUCAAAUGGAUCUGGGUCAGCACCUUCUUUUGGAUACAGGUUAAGUCGACCUUCUCUGCUGAAGCCUGCCCGGCAGCGAUUUGCUGGAAAUAUCAAUAGCAACAACAGGACAACUCCUGACACAUGCAUCAUGGAGAACUCUGCAAUUUCAACAAAUAUUAACAGAACAAUUGAGAAAAACAGUGUUAUAGAGAGCAAUGCUCAACGAGCAGAAUCUGAUGAGGGUUUGCAUGAAAGUAUGGGAAAACAUGGGUCAAAAGUCAUGUGUAUGAGCGAUGAUGGAGAUGAAAUAUCUAUAUCUUCUUUGUCAUCCUCUGAAAAAAUUGAUUUGAGUGAAGACUUCAGUGAUGAUUUCAUAGAUAUAGAAGACCCAAACAGAACUAUACAAAUACCGGAAAAGGAAAACUGCCAUCAAGAAUCAGAUCAUGGGAAUAUAAUGUCAAUCGAACCAUUCACUUCUCUCAAGGAAAGUGGAGGAUCUUGCUGUAAUACUGAUGAGUGGCUUGAUAUAAAUGUGUCUGCAGUGGAUGACAACAGUGAAAGCACAAAGCAUACUGCCGAGAAUGCGAUUUCUCCAGAGAUGAAUUAUAGAGCUGGUUCUUCUUUUGAGCUUUCUCCAUCUGACAGCUCUGAUGGCACGUAUAUGUGGGAUGAAGAAGGAUUGGAACCUAUUGGAAGUGUCCAUCCAUGUGGAAGUUAUGAGUCUUCAGAAAUGAACAGCAUAGAUAUCUUGAAUAAUCUUGAUUCAUGCGAUCUUGAAGAUGAUGAUCUCAUGCUUGACGUGGACCUACCAGAGGACCCACCUCAUGAUAAAGAGGAAUGUGAAAAUAUGAGUCGUUAUGACAGACAAGACAGAAAUGCUAGGCAACAUCAGGAGGGAUUUUGGAAAAGAGCACCACAGCAGCGAUGGAAUACGCAGGAUCACUAUCAUCUUGGCCAUACUGAUCACUGUAUCCAUGGUAAAAAUGAUUUAAACAGGGGAUCAAACUACCUAGAAUCUCCUGUUGGUCACUUUGAAAGCUAUGGAGCACCAAAUUUUUACCAGGCUCCUAGGCAGGUGGUGGGCUUACCAGAGACUACUGUGAUGCUUGAUGAAAUGACCCUUCGGCACAUGGUCCAAGACUGCACAGCUGUAAAAACUCAGUUAUUGAAACUGAAGAGAUUACUGCACCAGAAUGAUGAAAAUGUGUCACUCCAGGAUAUUCGACUCUCAGUUCCGUCAAGUCCAGAACUGCAAGAACCUGAAACAAUUUUUAAGAUGGAUGAUCUGCUGAAUGAGAUCAGGCAGCUUAAAGAUGAACUGAAGAAAAAGGAUGAAACAAUCAACCAAUUAGAGCAUCAACUUGCUACUAGGUCUAACUGCCAGAAAGACAGUCAAAAACCUUCAGGGGCAACAUGCAUGUAUGCUGAUAAAUUUACGCAAACCUCCUGGAGGAGGAGUUCUCCUCAAAUACUACAGCCUUCCAGCAGCCUUCCCAGUUCCACAGACCUCGCCCAGGGAAAACUAAUAAAAAUACCACAUAUCGAGGCCCACAGUGAAUAUCCUAAAGAUGGUCUGCAUGAAAAUAGUAAUCAUCAGAAUCAAAAUGCUGCAGAUGUCUCUCUCACAAAUAGCCUCAAUAAUGUAAACUCUUUAGUGAGCAUACAGUUAAGCAUGAAAGAUGAGAAUGCAUCGUAUUUGAAAAACAAAAGCACUGAAGACCUUGGAGAGGUGGCUAGUAAUAAAGAUGGUACAUUAUUGUCUCGUUCCUGUUUUCAGACCUCCACACGAGCUGAUGCUAAAGAGGUACAGACUGAAUUAGCUCUGAAAGGUCAACCCUCAUUCACAAACCAGGCUUCUCAGCCAAAGACUUCAAGAAUCGCAAAGCCCCCAAAUGCUUUAGUGCCUCCUACAAUGGCCGUUCUCGCACGAUCUGCAAACCAUUCCGCUGCUUCCAAGGAGCGUGAGCUUCUACCAUUAUGUAGUUCAGCUCAGCUACAGCCAACAUCUGGUCAGGAUAACCUAAAUGGUAAACAGAGUCAGAAAGUGUCUAAACUUCGCCCACCAACUACGUCCUUUGUCAAAUCUAAGCAAGUGAGCAGUCAGAAAUCCACACUAGUAUCCACAGAGCCUCAGAACACCUGUUUGAAGACUAACAUCCCAAAGCCACCGGUACAGAGAAAGGAAAACUUUCAAACACAGAGUACCAGUUUGCAUUCUGGGGAUAGUUUGUCCUCUAAUCGGCAUUCCCGCCUCCCUAAACCAAAGACACACUGAGAACAUCUCAUUGAAUGAUGCCAUACAUUAAACUACUAUGUUAUGACUGCCUUUGAGGCUGCUUUAUCUACAGCCUGCAAAUCCUGAGUGAAUAUUAAAAGUAGCAUCUUUAAUGUUUGCUUACUCAUCCUGGUAUGUUCAGAGGCUCACGUUAUGACCUGUGCAGCUUCUCUAUAUUGCAGGCCUGUAUUAAAGAUUGUUAUUUCCCAGUGUUCUUAGAAAUGAAGCAAAUACCGAAGUCUGUGGUGGCCAUGAAUACCAGAAUGCUGCACUAUGUAUUUCAGGAUGGCAGAAAUAAUUUCUUACCUCUGUUUGUUUGAGUUAUGAGACAAUGAAAUUACUGUUUGUUUUAACUUCUUGGUUCUGAGUACUCACUAGGUUAGAGCAGUGGAAAAUUAGACUUGCUAGCAGAUGUUUUACUGGCCAUAAUUCUGACUCUGUAUUCCAGAGGCCUAUGCAAAAAUUCUUGUAUUUAUCUUAAGACUGACAUAUUUAAUGUUAUUUAAUCUGAUGGGUUGGGUGGGUUGUGUUUUGUUUUGCUGUAAUCUGAAGUUGCUCUAUUCUUUAUCCUGUUUUCACUGUUCACAGACAAUAAGCAGAUUUCACAGGGUGAAGUGAAUCUUCUCUCUUAAACAUCAUCAUUUAUUAAAAUACUGUGGUAUGUUUUUAGUCUGUUGAAUAGACACAUUACUGGGUAGAUUUUUGAAACGCAGUGCUAAGGAUACUUGUGCAAAACCUUCCAAAUUAGGCUCUUACAAAUUGGUAAGUAGGGAGCCUCUGGGAAUAAGGGGUCCAUAACACCUGUGUCAAGGUUGCACAACAUGCAUUUUAAUUAAUGUUUUUUAACUUUAAUUGUACUACUUGUAUUUAUUGAUUUCUUUAAUAUUGAAAGACUCUGAAGUACCUGACUUGAAUUUUGCACAAACUUUGCCAUAUGUGUAAGAAUUUGAAACUAUUUUACAGAAUAAAACUUGUAUGAAAAAGCAA